AUGAGGAGCUUUGCGGAGGUCCUCCGCAGACCGAGAGCAGGUUGCAGCGAGACCGCGCGCAUUGAGGAUCAGCCCGACCCGGUGAGCAGUUCCGGAGGUAGCGAGACGACGGACGCGGCGAGCCGUCCGGCUGCCCUUACCGCUGUUUUCGGGGCCGGCGUAGGACUGCCGCCGGGCUCUGCCAGCUUUUCAGAGCCGGAGUACCGUUUCCAUCGCACCUUCGGGAGGUGCCGCCGCUCGCUUCCUCGAGUCCCGACGCGGCGCUCUCAGCCGCGUCGGGUUUUUUGGCGGUCGCUUCGGUUCCUUCCGCCGUCAUCGGCGGGAGCGAGCGGGACGGGGCCGUACUGUUGCAGCCUUUGUGCUGGUGAGGGUGACACGCGACGCGAAGGGCUGCUAAGACUCAAGUUUACGUUUUCGCAGGCGGAGCGAGGGCCUCUUGUCGGCCCGAUCCGGCGAGCGUUCGGGGUCCCAGGUAAGCGCUCUGCGCUCGGGGACGGGACCUUGCGUGCCCUCCUUCCUCUCCCCCAGUUACGUGUAACUUCAGGAAUACUCUUCGUGGCAGCUCGUGUGGCUGGCGAUGUUCUUUUCAGGACAGACAGACGCAGCGGUUCACGCGAGGAAGCCGAACGGACCGUGCUGCGCCCGGGGGCGAGCGGAGGAGCGCUCGGCGGCGGCUGGAGUUGGCUUCACCGCUGCGGGGAAGAACCGUAUGACAGGAGCGGCACCCGAAGAAGACUGCGGUCCCGGCGAGUGAGAGGUACCGCGGGCCGGCCGCGCGCCCUCGUGGCCGAUGUUAUCCCGGGGCGAGUUAAAAGGAGCGCGGGCGGCAGGGCGAGGGAGGGGACCUUCCGUGUUCCACGUGCCCCGGCGGGGCCGUAUCUGCUUCUGGACUCUGCAGGUCGAGGAAGACGGGACGUUUGCGGAGUCUGGCGGAGAGCGGUGAAGACGAUGGGGGCGUGGGAGCGUCGUCUUUCUGAGGAACGGAUGAGAGAUCAACGACUGCCUAGCGCCCUUCUCUGGGAGUGUGGUGAUCUCCGGAGAGCCCUUUUCAGUCCUACAGCUCUAGUUCUGAUCUUGCUGUGGGGUGAGGGCAGCGGUGAAGCCGUUUUUGCUGGCGAUUGGCCUGAAUACGCAAGUGGUUUCUUCAGCGUUGGAAUGAAAGAUGUCCUCUCCUGGAGGGAUGGAAUUGAUGGAGGGAGAGGUCUUGGUGCAGCUGGUGUUCUGGGAGGAUAUUCAACAUCCUCAGUUGGUAGCUGGGCUCUUGUGAAGCUGCAGAGGUGGAAGCAGAGAAGCUGUCCUGAGAGGGAGGUGGAAGCCAGCAAAGCCAGCUCUUCUUGGCCCUGUGUUCUGCCUGAAGGUAUGUCCCAAAGAUACUGGUAGCAACCAUGUUUACUUCUGUGGGGUGGGAAGCAAGUGAUGCAUCAAUUUUGCAGAGGAAUGAUUAGGGUGAAGUAGGUACCUGCUUGUCUUCAACGUAACUGGAAAAAAUCUUCACUUACCACAAAGAAAGGGAUGUACCUGCUCUUCAUGUGCUCCUGCCUUAUUCCCUUGCCACGUAUGUUAGCUUAUUAAUCACAGGGAACAGGAAAGGGGAGGAAAAAGUCCCCCUCUUGCGAUCGGCCACUUGGGUGUUCUGUAAAAGAUUCAAAAGCAAGACUUGAUUACAAAUUCUACUUAUCUACUUCAAAGCCACAAUUCAUCAGACUUUACUUGCUGACUGGAAUUGUAAGUAUGUUUCCAGUGUUUGUAUUGUUACAGCUGAAUUUCAGAAUAUCAGUGUUUCUCAAAUUUGGUAGAGUCUUACUGAGCUUGAAGGCAGGUGUGCUAUCCCAAAAAUAGAGUGGCAUUGAGUGUCUUGCAAUAAAACCUUGUUUCCGUUCUAUAAAAUCAGCUCACUGAAACUUAUCUGGUUUCUUGCUAGGUAACUCCAACUAAUGUUUCUUGGUGAAGGCCUUUGUGUCAAAUCUUAGUAAGUUAGCUUCUGCAAGCCUUCAUCCCAUACUGAGUCCAAACUCUAAUGCAAACAACAUUGUCCUAUUCCACAUUUACCUUUUUACAGGAAGAAAUGGAACUGUGUUUGGAUUCUGCCAUUGCAUUAAAUGUUGGUCCAGGCUCUCUGUUUAAGUGCAUUCCUCCAUUGGUGAAUAGUAGAAAAGGUUUUAUUUUUUGGAUUAACUCCUAUGGAAAAAUUAAACAGAAAUCCUAAUCUUAAAUUUACGUGGGCUCUGUGACAAAGAAUGUGUCCAUUAUUCCUUUUUUGUUUAUACAUAGCACUGAUUUCCACUCACACAGUGUGUGAUAAAACUCCAACCUUCUCCACUUUCCAUACUUCGGUGUUGUAAUUGUACACAGUAAACUCACUUGCGCAGUGACUCAGGUUGCUGUGCUGAAAAGAUAAAUCCCUCCCUGUAAGCCUGUAUGAUAC